CAGGAAGACCAGAUCCGGUUCCAGCUGGAGGCCUUCAUGUUCCAGGCAGGAUGCAGAUCUACAUAACGUGUAUUGUGAAGGCCACUCUUGCUUCUGCACCCAGUGAUGCUCUCCGCAAAUCCUGUUCCUUUUCCAACGGGUGGCUUGCUGCUGAUGGGAACCACCAGGCUUGUGGUUGCUGUGACUCAACUUGUGGAAAUGCUGCUCCUUUUGGGGGCAUUCAGUGGGAAGGCAAGGCCUCACUCGGUCCUGUAAUGGUUCAAGAGCGACAGAAGUCUGUAGCUGGUUUUCAGUAAAUGGGAAAACUUGUAGCUGGUUUUCAGUAAAUGGGAAAACUUGUAGCUGGUUUUCAGUAAAUGGGAAAACUUGUAGCUGGUUUUCAGUAAAUGGGAAAACUUGUAGCUGGUUUUCAGUAAAUGGGAAAACUUGUAGCUGGUUUUCAAUAAAUGGAGAAAUGUA